AUGGGUGCGGAUCCUAGUGAUAUUAAUAUGUUCCUGGUACACGAGAAGAAUGGUUUAUUCAUCAAUAGUUGUGUAUCAGGCCGUUUACCAGAAUCCAAAGUUGAUUCUUCUAAUGUAAGCGACGACAGUGCUCGUUCAGAGGUCCUUAUGUCCUAUACAAGCACGUCAUUAUGGUCACUGAACCGUUUUGCACGUUGUUAUUCUCGUUCACCAAACAACAAUGUGGCUAUAGUUGAUGACCGUUUGGGUCUUUCAAUUUUACAUGUUAAAGGUGACGGCUCGUCUGAAUUUGCUUUCGAUACUCUUCGUGGUGUAGGAAAGUUCAGGAACCUCUACACUCCUAUCGGGUGCAAGAACAUCAAAUAUCUGCAAUGGUCGGAUAAUGGCGUAUACCUAGUGAUCUACUUCAAUCUUGGUAACUGUUCUAAGAAGACUGGUUUGUUUUUGGAGGAUAAUUUACACAUUUGGGACAUAUCUCAGAAGUGUAUCGUUGGUAGUUUUGCCACACGUCCGCUUUCUCCGGAACAGUGGCCCGUGAUCAAAUGGGUAGGACAAAGUGACAAGUUUGCAUUCUGCUAUGGGCAACAGGUAUCUUUCUAUGCGAUAACAUCACCCGACGGCACGUUUCUGAAAAGCACACGCCUACUACUGUCUAUUCCUAUCCCGCGUGUAUUUUCGGUGGAGGUGUUUUCCUCCGAACCACCCACCAAGUUCCCCGAAAUAUCUGCGUGUGGAGCUCCAGGGCUCGAGAGACGUUCAUCUCAGACCUCUUCUAAUAGUUCUGUUGAUGCUGCGCAUAAUGUUCACGUAGAGGCUCCUGCUGUGCUAUCCUCAUUGUUGCCAGCAGGUGACGGAUCUGAUGGCAACGGUUUACGUCUAGGUGAUACCCAGAGUUCUGAUGACACGGAACUAACUGGUGUAGGACUGGAGGGAGGUGAUAUUACUGGCUCGAACCCAUCCGUGGGUCGAGGACCAUUAGCAAGUCUGCUUGGUAUGGAUGACCAGGUUGAUCUUCUCGCGAAUGAGAGCGUGAUAUCUCUUGCUGCCUAUACUAAGGCUGACAUUACCAAUCAGGUUACUGGCAACUUGCGCAUAUCAACGAUAAAGUGUGUUGGCGGUGAGUUGUUCGAAGUCUCUUCGUAUGACCACGAACUAAAGACUGAAGAUUCAGCCGAUAUGUUAUGGUCGCCCUCAGGUGCUUCAUUGCUUGUGCUUGGUCAAUCUAUGGUAGACUUGGCUGGUGAGAAGUAUGGUUCUACAUCCAACUGUAUGUUGUUUCGUGCCUCUGGCGCCUUUGUGUGUCGUGUGAACACUCAGACUAUCCACGACGCUCGUUGGUGUCCCACGCGUGACGAAUUCAUCCUAAUGGAGGGUAACAUGCCUUGCGAUAUUACCUUGUACAACUCAGAUUGUGUACGUCUAUUUGAGUUCCCCAAGUCGUAUCGCAACACGAUUAAAUGGAAUCCUUUGGGUAACAUGGUUGCGUUGUGUGGUUUUGGUAACCUUGCAGGUGAGAUUUGUUUCUGGUACCGGAAGGAUUCGUGUGACUACGAGCAGAUUGUUCAUUUGAAAGAACCUUGUACUGUGAUUUCGGAAUGGUCAUAUGACUCACGUUACUUUUUGACAGCAUCAACAUUUCCUCGUAUGAAAGUUGACAACUUUUUGAAGAUUUUCAGUUACGAGGGCGACCUUUUGGAUAGCAAGAUGUUAGAUGAGUGUUACGGCGUUUGUUGGAUCAAUUUACCUGAAACUGGUUGGGAUUUUGUACGUCCUCGUGUUCGCAAAAGUGCAGAACGCAAGGCUGUGUAUCGUCCUAAGAUUCUUCCUAAGGAGGAGCCUCAAAAGCGCAGUGUUGAAACUGUGGCCCCUCGUGUGGUUGUUGAUUCGGAUGUUGCAACUAGCGGUUCAAGGCCGUUGUCGGCUUUGUCUAAAGCGUCACCUGUUUCUGCUUCGUCUCCUGUGGUACCAAACGAUACUACUAGUUGGCAUACGUCUCCAGCAAGUAUCGUUUCUGCAGUUCGUCCAUCACGUGAGAAUUUGCAUCGUGGUUCUCUCUUUUCGACUGACAACGGUGACAAAAACGACCCAUCUGUGGAUCUUCUGGUUGCAUUUCGCCACGUAUUUGCUCUUUCGAAGAUACUUCCUAAAUCUGAAUCUAACCAUUUCGAUGGUAUUAGUCCACCUCAGAUUUCCCGUGUUUCGGACGAGUCGACUACUCAUGAGAGUGCGCCGGCGCCUUCGGAGAAGCGUGUGUCUAAGAAUGGCUGUAACAGCUCUGGUAGCCAUCCGGUGUCACAAGAGGAUGCUUCUAAGAGUCUUUCUAUGCUUAUGCGCAUCAAAAAGCAGAUGCAAAGCGAGAAGUCGAAGCCUCUCCAGCAGACGAUUUUGGACGAAGUCCAACUGUUGAAACUAUUACUGGAGGCGAAAAACCGCUCCGUGAGUAGGACUCGUGUGGAGUAG